AUGGCGUCCUCCUCUCCUAAUAUGCUGACGAAGGUACGAAUUGGCGCACAUGAACUCCACUUUCAGUUCAUCAGUUGGAUAGCAUAGCUAAACCAAUCUUUAGUUCGAAUCAAAGUCCUCGAGGGCCAAGGGCAUUGCCUUCCAUCCUAAACGGUAUGCUCAAUCGAUCCCCCCGCGCAUUCACAGCUAAUUCCAGCAAGGCCAUGGAUCCUCGUCUCCUUGCACUCCUCUACAAUUCAACUAUGGGAUUAUCGUAUGGGAACCUUAAUCGACCGUUUUGAAGAGCACGAUGGACCAGUUCGAGGAAUAGAUUUCCACAAGACACAACCCCUCUUCGUUUCCGGGGGAGACGAUUACAAGAUCAAGGUCUGGUCGUAUCAGACUCGCAGAUGUCUUUUUACCUUGAAUGGACAUCUGGAUUAUGUUCGCACAGUUUUCUUCCAUCAUGAGCUUCCAUGGAUUAUUUCGAGUUCCGACGACCAAACCAUCAGGAUUUGGAACUGGCAGAAUAGAUCACUGAGUAGGCACUUCCUAUAAGCCUUCGACUUCAAAUAUACCAAUGGCUAACAUGUUAAACUAGUCUGCACCAUGACCGGACACAAUCACUAUACGAUGUGUGCGCAGUUUCACCCAAAAGACGAUUUGGUAGUUUCCGCCUCUCUCGAUCAGUCAGUCCGUGUAUGGGACAUUUCUGGACUCCGCAAGAAACACUCAGCUCCAACAUCGAUGACUUUCGAGGACCAAAUGUCACGGGCGAAUCAGAAUCAGGCGGAUAUGUUUGGGAACACAGAUGCUGUAGUCAAAUUUGUCUUGGAGGGUCACGACAGAGGUGUCAAUUGGGUUGCAUUCCACCCUACCCUACCUCUUAUUGUGUCUGCGGGUGAUGAUCGCUUGGUGAAGCUAUGGAGGAUGAGUGAGACGAAAGCUUGGGAGGUAGACACAUGCCGAGGCCAUUUUCAAAACGCAUCAGGAUGUUUGUUCCACCCACACCAGGACUUAAUACUUUCCGUGGGCGAAGACAAGACGAUUCGAGUCUGGGACCUUAAUAAACGUACCUCGGUACAAUCAUUCAAGCGUGAGAAUGACCGAUUCUGGGUGAUUGCCGCCCACCCCGAAAUAAAUCUUUUUGCGGCUGGUCACGAUAAUGGUGUUAUGGUUUUCAAACUUGAGAGGGAGAGGCCUGCAUCCGCUUUCUACCAGAACAAUCUUUUCUUUAUCACUAAGGAGAAGCACGUUCGGUCAUAUGAUUUCCAAAAGAACAUCGAAAGUCCAACAUUGUUGACUUUGAAGAAGCUUGGUAGCCCUUGGGUUCCUCCCCGAACAUUAUCUUUCAACCCUGCUGAACGUGCAAUUUUGGUCACUUCCCCUGCAGAUGGCGGUUCAUAUGAACUUAUCAACCUCCCAAGAGAUGGCACCGGAGCAAUUGAUGGUGCUGACACCAAGCGGGGUCAAGGAAAUUCAGCUGUAUUCGUGGCACGCAAUCGAUUCGCCGUUUUCAAUGCCAGCAACCAGCAAAUUGAUAUCAAGGACUUGUCAAACUCAACCACCAAAACCAUCAAACCACCUCACGGAACCACUGAUAUCUACUUUGGUGGAACCGGAAAUCUCCUUCUAAUUACCCCUUCCGCUGUCCACCUAUAUGAUAUCCAACAAAAGAAGAGUGUCGCCGAGUUGGCAGUCAGCGGUGUCAAGUAUAUUGUUUGGUCCAACGAUGGCCUUUACGCUGCCCUCCUAAGUAAACACAAUGUGACCAUUGUGACGAAAGCUUUGGAACAAGUCAGUACACUACACGAGACCAUCCGAAUCAAGAGUGCUACCUGGGAUGAUGCUGGCGUCCUUCUUUAUUCAACCUUGAACCACAUCAAGUACACUUUGCUGAACGGCGACAACGGAAUAGUCCGCACAUUAGACCAGACUGUUUAUCUUGUCCGAGUAAAGGCACGCACAGUUUACUGUUUGGAUCGAAACGCAAAGCCCAAGAUUUUGAAUAUUGACCCGACAGAGUACCGAUUCAAGAUGGCUCUCGUCAAACGCAACUACGAAGAGAUGUUGCAAAUAAUCAAAAACUCAAGUCUUGUUGGUCAAAGUAUCAUCUCGUACUUGCAGAAGAAAGGUUACCCAGAAAUCGCUCUGCAGUUCGUUCAAGAUCCUCAGACGAGAUUCGAGCUUGCCAUUGAAUGUGGCAACUUGGAUGUCGCUGUUGAGAUGGCGAAACAAUUAGACAAGCCCAAGCUAUGGUCUCGCUUAACAACCGAAGCCCUUGCCCACGGCAACCACCAAAUUGUUGAAAUGACUUACCAAAAACUCCGACAAUUCGACAAAUUAUCCUUUUUGUAUCUCUCGACUGGUGACGAGGCUAAGCUUGGACGAAUGGCCAAGAUUGCAGAACACCGUGGCGACUUUACUGCGAGAUUCCAAAAUGCAUUGUAUCUCGGGGAUGUGACGGACCGAAUUCAAAUGUUCAAGGAGAUUGAUCUGUGUAAGUUCAAAAUUUGCCACGUUGUAGAAAAGUUGUCUAACGAGCCAUAGAUCCCCUUGCAUUCAUGACGGCCAAGUCUCAUGGCUUGGAAGAUGAGUGCGAGUCAAUAUUAGAGGCGACAGGGCUUACUGAAGAACAAAUUACUCUCCCUUCAAUGGGAAGCCCCUUAACGCCACCAAAACCCGUAGUACAAACAUUCAAAGCGAAUUGGCCAACAAAGGCUACCUCGCAAUCAUUCUUCGAAAAGGCUCUUCUCGGACAAGUCGAUGGAUUGACACUCGAGGAUGAGCCAGCUGCAGCUUCCAACGGACUUGGCUUCGAUGAUACUGGUGAUGAGGAUCUUACAAACCGAAAUGGCAAUUUGGAAGAUGCAGACGAUGACGAGGAUGCCGCGGGAUGGGAUAUGGGAGACGAUAUUGUUCCAGAGGUAGAGAGCGACUUUGUUAAUGUUGAGAGUACGGAAGCUGGUGGAGCUGCCAGCAGCGAAGCUGACUUGUGGGCUCGCAACUCGCCACUUGCUGCAGACCACGUCGCUGGUGGUUCUUUCGAGACCGCCAUGCAGCUGUUGAAUCGCCAAGUUGGUGCAGUCAAUUUCGAGCCUCUGAAACCACGCUUUUUGGAAAUUUAUGAGGCAUCAAAAACAUAUCUUCCAGCAUCGGCUGGAUUGCCACCUCUAAUCAACUACGUCCGACGAACUGUUGACGAAACAGAUCCAAGAAAGGUUCUCCCUAUCAUACCUCAAGACAUUGAAUCACUAGCUACAUAUGAUCUCCAAAAAGGCUACAAGGCCAUGCAAUCCAACAAAUUGGAAGAAUGCGCACAGAUAUUCAAGAGGAUGCUUUUCGCACUUCUUGUGAAUACAGUAUCGAGUCCCUCGGAGGUUGUAGAAGCAAAGAAACUCAUUACAUCGGCAUGCGAAUACAGCAUCGCUAUGGCUAUUGAGUUGUCGAGACGAAAUCUUGGCAGUAAUGAAGAAGUGGCAAAAUCGCCUGAAAAGUUGAAGCGUAGUCUCGAGCUCUCUGCAUACUUCACAAUCCCCAAGCUGGAAGUUGCUCAUCGACAGUUGACUCUUGUCUCUGCCUUGAAGUCGGCCUGGACUAAUAAGAACUACAAUUCCGCUUUGAGUUUUGCCAACCGUAUGUUGGCAAAUGGCGGUAAUGCCAAGAUGUUGGAAAACGUAAGUACAAGUUUUGCCAUGGUAUAGGGAUAUUUGCUAAUAUUUUAAAAGGCACGAAAGACAAAGGCACAAUGUGAACGUAAUCCAAAUGAUACGCUCGAGAUUGAGUUUGAUCAAUUCGCUGAGUUCGACAUUUGCGCCGCCUCCCACACGCCCAUCUACUCUGGCUCUCCAUUCGAGGUCUGUGCUUUUGAUGGCAGUAAGUACCACUCGAAAUACAAAGGAACAGUCUGUACCGUCUGUGAGGUUUGUGAGGUGGGGAAAAACGGGAGUGGGUUGAAGCUAGUUGCAUAG